AUGGUUUUGGGCACUACGAGGAGGAAUAUGAGGGAGACAAAUGAACGGAAGAGAAGGAAAUUAACAAGAGACUUUGACUCUAAUGGUCCAAGGCUCCGGAGCAGCACGAGUGAGAAUUCUGAGCAAGUCGGAAGGACUCAACCUGAACGGCUCUACGAACGAGAUGAGUCAUCGUCGGCCUAUGAUGUUGCUGGCCCUUCACAACAACUUGCGGCCUCCUAUGAGCACGCAACCCAGAUAUGA